GUCUCCUCUCCUUGUUCCGUAGAAGUUAAAAUUUUCUCGGCGAAUAAGAAAAUGAUUGCGGGGUCUUAUAAUAAAAGGUGUUAUACGUCGUGAUAUAAACAGUCGAUGCUGUAGUGAUCGAAUCGAAUAAUUAUUACAAAAUAUAACAUAUAUAUUAACAAAAUGGAAGGUGAUGCAGCGGAGUCCGCAAAUGCAAAAUCUUAUUCGGGAAUUCCUGAAGCUGUAUUUGUAGAUAAUGUUGAUGAAUUUAUGAGUUUACCAGAAAACUCUGAAGGUGUAGAUAAAGUGUUACGAAAACUCGACGAACAGCAUGGCAAGUACAAGUUCAUGGAAUACACCCUAGCAACCAAGAGGAGGCGCUUGAGGCAACAAAUUCCUGACUUAGAUAGAUCACUUGAAAUGAUAGAGAAAUUGAAAGCACAGAAGGAAGACAUGGAUACUCAAUUUUUAUUAAGUGACCAAGUCUUUGUUAAGGCUAAUGUACCACCAACUGAGAAGGUGUAUCUGUGGCUGGGAGCGAAUGUGAUGCUGGAGUACUCUUUAGAAGACGCAGAGAAGUUACUCUCUUCCAAUAUGGCAACCGCUAAGAAAAACUUGGCCUGUGUAGAACAUGACUUGGACUUCUUACGUGACCAAUGGACAACCACUGAAGUGAAUAUGGCAAGAGUGUACAACUGGGAUGUGAAAAAACGUCAAGCUGCUAAAGCCAACUCAUAAACUAUGCUAACAAUCACUUUAGC